ACGGGUAGAUAUACCUCGAGCCUUUUUAUUCUUGGAAUGAACGCUUGGUCACAAGACUUGCAUUCUCCAUCGCUUAUUACCCUCUGAUCUCUUUUGCCGAGAAAACAAAUCUUUUACUGUAUUUUUCUUGAAGUGUCAUUAACAAACAGCUCGACUUGACUAACUCUGCGCCAAAUUAACUUACGGCCUAUCCCUUUCUCGACACCUAGGUACUCGUCAGUGCCCAUCUCGCAAUACACAAUGCGCUACGCCCCCCUACUCGCCACUCUUGGCUGCGCCUUCUUCCAUGCCAGCUAUGCAUUCGAGUUUACUGGUCCUGACUCUUCGGAGAAGCUUGAUCUCACUCAGCCUGUAACAAUCACAUGGAACGCAAACAGUGGAUCAUUCAUCGAACCAGAGGCUCGCGCACUCGAUCUCUGGUUCUAUUUCAUGACCAGUGACGGUAGCGGCCGGUUGGGCUGGGAACUCGAUAAGAAUCUUUCGCUCCCGGCGGGCUCGUAUAAAUGGAAUCCUGACGGGGUCGUCGAAAGCAUCAACAAGACGGGCGCCUCAAUCUCACCAGACGCGGUGCACGCCUUUGAGGCGAGGUUCAUGAAUAAUUCUGGGAGUUGGUUAUCAGCACUCGAGAGCGACAAGUACGCCGUUGAAGGCUCUGACCUUAUCCGAAAUGGUGCUGUAAAGGGUGCACAAGUCGGCUUUCAUACAGCUGCUUUAGCUUUUACUAUCGCAAGCUUGGUGCUCCUGUAAUAAGAACUUGCCGCAGUACGGGAGCUAGUCAAGCGACAGAGCAUGAUUGAAGCGGUUGGACUUUUGGACAUGACUAUGCGGGGUUGGGUUCAGGCUGCGAGAGAGAACAGUCACGAGACUAUUUUCAGGGAUGAGAAGCAUUAGAGGAUCGGUGUUCAUUAAACAAUUGCUUGCAUGUCAUAAAGAUCUGAUAACCCUAUACUAUUAGUCAACCGUUGCCAGUAAUGACAACUCCAGCCCAGUCUCAAUCAAUCCCACACCAGCUACAACUAAGAGGGGGAUCUCUCUGGUAGUUC